GAAACAAGAGCCGACAGGAUAAAACACGGCUGCAAAACAGGAGAGAGGAAUAAACCCAGCCAGAGUGCCAGAGAGUCGAGUGGAGAGGAGCCGGUGUAUCAGCUCGGAAUCUGAGGCUCUUCCAGUGCUUGUAGAGGGACUGAGCAGGAUGGCGUUGUGUUGGUUAAUAUUAAGUUUGGUUCUCCCAACUCUUCACGCUCAUGUUGAAUUUUUCACAUCAAUUGGUCAGAUGACAGACCUGCUGUUCACAGAGAAGGACUUGGUGACAUCGCUGAAAGAUUACAUCCAAGCCGAGGAGAAAAAACUGCAGCAGGUUAAACAAUGGGCUGAGAAGUUAGAUUCACUGACAUUAUCGGCGAUGGAGGACCCCGAGCGUUUCGUAGGUCACCCGGUCAAUGCCUUCAAGCUGAUGAAGAGAUUGAACACAGAGUGGGCCGACGUGGAGAGCCUCGUGCUCAGCGACACCACCGAUGGGUUUAUCUCUAAUCUGACGGUGCAGAGGCAGUACUUUCCCAAUGAUGACGAUCAGAAAGGAGCUGCGAAAGCUUUACUCCGUCUGCAGGACACAUACCAGCUCUCAGCCAACACCAUCUCUGCUGGAGAUCUGCCUGGUGUGGUUCAUAAGAAUCGCAUGACGGCUGAGGACUGUUUCGAACUGGGGAAGGUGGCAUACUCUGAGGUGGAUUAUUACCACACUGAGCUGUGGAUGGCUCAGGCUCUCAAACAGCUGGAUGAGGGAGAGGACUCAUCCGUGGACAAGGUGACCAUACUAGACUACCUCAGCUACGCUAUCUACCAGCAGGGCGAGCUAGACCGAGCUCUGGAGCUCACCAAGAGGAUGCUCAAACUGGAUCCCACUCACCAGCGCGCCAACGGAAACCUGAAGUACUUUGAAGUCCAGCUGGAGAAGCAGAGAAAAGCCAUGGAAGCUGCAGAAGGUGAUAACCAACAGAAAAAACAGGUGGAUAAACGAGAUGUGCAGCUGAAGCGCUCCAGAGACCCGCUGCCUGAGAGGAAGAGAUACGAGCAGCUGUGCAGAGGGGAGGGCGUGAAAAUGACCCCUCGUAGACAGAGCCGUCUGUUCUGCCGCUACUUCGACAACAACCGCAAUCCUCGUCUGAUACUGGCUCCCGUCAAGCAGGAGGACGAAUGGAACCAUCCCCGCAUCGUCCGUUACCAUGACAUCAUCUCUGACGAAGAGAUUGCAAAGAUCAAAGAGCUUGCCAAACCCAGGCUAAAGCGUGCAACAGUGCAUGACCCCGCUACGGGAAAACUCACCACGGCUCAGUACAGAGUCUCCAAAAGUGCCUGGCUGACGGCUUAUGAGCACCCAGUUAUUGAGAAGAUCAACCAAAGGAUUGAGGAUGUCACAGGUCUAGACAUGCUCACAGCCGAGGAGCUGCAGGUAGCAAACUAUGGCGUUGGAGGACAGUAUGAGCCACAUUUUGAUUUUGGCAGAAAAGACGAGCCAGAUGCAUUUAAAGAGCUUGGCACAGGCAACAGAAUCUCCACCUGGCUAUUUUAUAUGAGUGAUGUCCCAGCAGGGGGCGCUACAGUUUUCACAGAUGUUGGAGCUGCAGUUUGGCCCAUAAAGGGAACAGCAGUAUUCUGGUACAACCUGUUCCCCAGUGGAGAGGGAGAUUACAGCACGAGGCACGCCGCCUGUCCUGUACUUGUGGGCAGCAAAUGGGUGUCAAACAAAUGGGUCCACGAGAGAGGCCAGGAGUUCAGGCGACCUUGUGGCCUGAACGAGACAGAAUGACGAACAGAAAACAUCUCUUCUUCCUCCUCCUCCUCCUCCUCCUCCACUCCUUGAUCCUUCAUGCUCUCAGUACACUGACAAUCCCUCUUUCCUUUGGGCCUUUGAGUGGCCAUGAGUCUGUUACGCCGUUAUGCACACACACAUUUAGAAACAUCCAGCUGUAUGCGACAACAGUUUUAACAGCUUUAAACAGUCUAAACUUUAACCACUGAAACAGCCGAGCACUCCAAAAAAUAAAAAAUAAAUGAACAAAGCAAAGGCAAUGUUUAUUCAAGAGGGCAACUCUGAGCCAUUUAAUAUACAGAAAUAAGUCAGGGUUUAAGCUUUCUACCAGACGUUUAGACAUUCUUACAAAACCAAAAUUCCUCACCCUGACCAAAGGGUUUUUUUUUUUUUCUGUUACUGGAUUUCAGUUUUAUUUAUCAAAAAGGUCAAAACCUUUAUGUGUUUUUUUGUGUCUAUGGAAAUUUUUAAAUAAGUGUUUUCUAUGGAAAUAAAAAAUAAUGUGCCUUCCAUGAGUGGAUUUC